AUCUGGGAUUGCAACAACACCGUCUUGAUGGGGAUGACUAUCUUGCUGUUAUAGAUGAAUUCAUGCAAGCUGUCUUUACUCGUUGGCCACAUGUUAUUGUACAGUUUGAAGAUUUCCAAAGCAAGUGGGCAUUUAAGUUAUUGCAGCGGUAUAGAAAUACCUACAGGAUGUUCAAUGAUGAUGUGCAGGGAACAGCUGGAGUUGCAAUUGCCGGACUUCUAGGUGCUAUGAGAGCACAAGGAAGGCCAAUGAUCGACUUUCCGAAAAUGAAAAUUGUUGUUGCUGGUGCUGGAAGUGCAGGAGUUGGUGUUCUUAAUGCUGCAAGGAAAACAAUGGCGAGGAUGUUGGGUAAUAAUGAAGUAGCUUUUGAGAGUGCAAAGAGUCAAUUCUGGGUUGUUGAUGCUAAGGGUUUAAUCACAGAAGAACGUGAAAAUAUUGACCCAGAUGCCGUGCCUUUUGCUAGAAACGUGAGAGAGGCUGAUCGUCAAGGACUAAAGGAAGGUGCUAGCCUUGUGGAAGUGGUGAAGCAAGUAAAGCCUGAUGUGCUUUUAGGAUUAUCUGCUGUUGGAGGAUUAUUCUCAGAAGAGGUGUUAGAAGCCCUCAAGCAUUCAACAUCUACAAGACCAGCUGUAUUUGCCAUGUCAAACCCGACAAACAAUGCUGAAUGCACCCCUGAGGAAGCUUUCUCCAUUUUGGGUGACAGCAUUAUAUUUGCAAGUGGGAGUCCCUUCAAGGAUGUUGAUCUUGGAAAUGGUCAUAUUGGUCACUGCAACCAGGGAAACAACAUGUACCUCUUUCCAGGCAUUGGUCUUGGAACCCUUUUAUCUGGAUCUAGGAUCAUCUCUGAUGGCAUGCUGCAGUCUGCUGCUGAGUGUCUGGCUGCAUACAUGAGUGAAGAAGAGGUUGUCAAUGGAAUCAUAUACCCAUCAAUAUCUAGAAUUCGAGAUAUAACAAAGGAGGUAGCCACAGCUGUUAUAAUGGAAGCUGUAGAAGAGGAUCUGGCAGAAGGCUACCGCAAUAUGGAUGCUCGAGACCUUCACAAGCUUAAUAAGGAACAAAUUCUGGAAUAUGUGAACAAGAACAUGUGGACUCCAGAGUACCCAAAAUUGGUUUACAAGGAAGAUUGAAUAAACGAUGAGAGCCUGUGCAUUACGACGAUUUAUUGACGUGCGCCCGCGUUCGCUUCAGCCAAUUUCUCAUGUACUCUUCUUCGACUGGCACUCUUAGAUCAUUCAAUUGAUGCAAAAAUUUUGCAUUAAUUCCCCGGAAUUAUUUAUGUAUAUGUAUAUGGUGUAUUUUUUAUUGCCUUAGAAAUAAUAAAAUAUUUGUAGAAAAAAGAGAAGAAACAGAGACCAAAUGUAGUGGACUAUAACAGAAUACGACGAUAUUACUGAUAUUUCUUUAUGAAUUGGGCAUGUCUUUGACUGA